CCUUUGAAGCUCGUUCGUCAUCAGAAGCUUGAACCAAAAAGCCAUGAACAGUGAGAAGGAGGACGAGCCAUCGGUGGAGAUCGAUGAUUCGGGUAAUGUUCUCGAUCUCACUAGCUACCAGCUCCACAGUCUCGACACGGUCGAGUUGCCUCCGACCCUGACUGAGCUAGACCUUACGGCGAACCGUUUGUCGGGAUUGGAUUCGAGGAUCGCUCAGCUCUCCGCGCUCAAGAAGCUUUCUCUUCGCCAGAACCUAAUCGACGAUGCGGGUGUCGAGCCUUUGUCUCGCUGGGAGGCGUUGUCCGAUCUCGAGGAGCUAGUUCUCAGAGAUAACAAGCUCGCAAAAGUACCAGAUGUCAGCAUAUUCUCAAAGCUUUUGGUUUUCGACAUAUCUUUCAAUGAAAUCACUUCGUUGGAAGGAACAUCCAAGGCCUCUAGCUCACUGAAGGAACUCUAUGUGUCUAAAAAUGAAGUUAACAAGAUAAUGGAGAUUGAACACUUGCACAACUUGCAGAUUCUUGAAUUGGGGUCUAAUAGAUUGCGGGUAAUGGAAAAUUUGGAAAACUUCACAAAAUUAGAAGAACUAUGGCUCGGAAGAAACCGAAUCAAAGUUGUCAACCUGUGUGGGCUCAGUUGCAUUAAAAAGAUUAGUUUGCAGAGCAAUCGUUUGACCUCUAUGAAAGGAUUUGAGGAUUGUGUAGCUCUUGAAGAGUUAUAUUUGAGCCAUAAUGGUAUCUCAAAAAUGGAAGGCUUGAGUGCAUUGGUCAACCUACGGGUAUUGGAUGUGUCGAACAACAAGCUUACAUCAGUUGAUGACAUUCAGAACCUCACAAAGUUGGAAGAUUUAUGGCUUAAUGACAACCAGAUAGAAUCACUUGAAGCAAUCACAGAAGCUGUUACAGGAUCUAAAGAGAAGCUUACCACCAUCUACCUCGAAAAUAAUCCUUGUGCCAAGUCUUCGGAUUAUGUUGCUGUGCUCAGAAAAAUCUUUCCAAAUGUGGAGCAAAUAGAUUCUAACUUAUUUGCUUAAAGAUGGAUAUACCUUCCUGUGCUCUUUUUUUUGAGUGUCUGCUUCCUCAUAGUUCAGAGUUCAGCGCAUGGGCACUUAAUUCAGGAAAUCAGGUAAAAUAGAGAUUUUCAAAGAUAUGCAUGUGUCUGCUGUUUAUCAUAAAGAAGUGAAAACGAGUUCUCUUCAUGGAUAUUUAUGAAAACGUUUUGAAAUUCUAGUGUUCCCUUGCAAGUAAACAAUGCUUGUUUUUGGUCUGUAAUAGUAUGUGGACACUUCUCUGUAAAAGGGAGUCCCGAGUCUGAGGUUGUGUCUUUGUUUCCACCAACACUAACUUGAAUACUUAUAUUAAUAUAUUUUUGGCUUUGCCCCCUGGAUU